AGAUCCAACAGGACUUCAGUCCUCGGGAGCGCGCGCGUCUGCAGCAAUGAGCCAGGCGCGCCACCGAGGAGGGUGCGCUCUUCUUUUUCGGGACGGACGCGCGCGACACAGAGUUCGUGCCUUCAUCUCCAUCGUCGGGGCUGCCAGCGUCCUUCAAGGUGCAUCAUGGGAAACAAAAUAAUCCGGAAGCGAGAGUCUCCAGUCGGCAGUGCUGCUAGCCCAGAGCAGAGACCGACAAAGGACCAAACAGUGGCUCCUGAUGGCACACCGGCUCAGAAGACGGUGGCAAGGGAGAAUCUGGACGUGGUGGUAGGGGAGGAAGUAGCAAAGGUGUCAUGUCUGCCCGGUGAACAGUGCGUGUCCAAGCUUGAAACCGCCCCAGAAGCUGAUCCCAAACCCAAUCCGGAGGCGUGUGCAGUUGAGCCCGCGCCAGAGCCGACACCGGCCGUAGACACAGAGAAUGGCCUAUCAUACAUGUCUUCAGCCCCUUCAGUUGAGAUGAGUACGCCUGACGGCACCUCGCAACCUUACCAGACUCCCACAGAGGUCCUGUUGAGCGAGAGAGCUGGGGACGACGCAGCAGCGGCUCUUCAGAGUUGUUCUUUUGAUCCGGAAACACCUGAAGAGGAACCAGAACCGGCUGAAAAGCCAGCAGAAGUGGAGGCUGCUGGAGAUACGAAGCAAAGGGAGGAAAGCGUCAACGAAUCCCUGAAAGAGUUGAACCUAAAUGCAGGAAUUGAGUCAGACCUUCUGGACGACACAAGCACCAACACAGCUCAGGUCAUGUGACCCUUCUGCCUUUACAAGAAUCCUUCAGAAUGUUGUCACGCCAAAAGUAAAUAGUGAUGCUGAUGUUGGAUGGUGCAUAGUUGGACAGAAGACAUUUUUACUUACAGCAAAUUCAGUCCAUUUCUAAUGAUUGUACAAAAAGGGGGAGGCGUAAACCACUACAGAUGGACAAUGUAACCAAGUCUUCCAUGAAUACACUUCUGAAAAGUCUUCCAAUUAAAAUAAAGUUAUUAAAUACUCACUAUGA